AUGGCGCGACCUUUGGAAGAUGUGUACUGCACGCUUCUUAUGAGCGAUUCAUACCUCCCUGGUGCCGCCGUCCUCGCACAUUCUCUCCGCGAUGCAGGUACGAAGAAGAAGCUCGCCGUGCUCAUCACUCUGGAGACUCUGUCUGCCGACACCAUCACGCAGCUGAAGGAGCUCUACGACUACUUGAUUCCGGUGGAGCGCAUACGAACACCAAGUCCCGCGAACUUGUAUCUUAUGGGCCGUCCUGAUCUGUCCUUCGCCUUCACCAAGAUUGCUUUGUGGAGACAGACCCAGUUUCGCAAGAUCGUAUACCUCGAUGCCGAUGUCGUUGCACUCCGAGCUCUCGAUGAGCUGUUCGAUAUCGAGGCACCCUUCGCUGCCGCACCUGACAUUGGCUGGCCUGACGCCUUCAACAGUGGUGUCAUGGUGAUAUCACCAGACAUGGGCGAAUACUGGGCGCUGCAGACCAUGGCAGCCACAGGGGACAGCUUCGAUGGCGCUGAUCAAGGUCUCUUGAAUCAGUACUUCGAGCAUCGUCCAUGGCAGCGACUGAAGUUCACGUACAAUUGUACACCGAACGCCGAGUACCAGUGGGAGCCGGCGUAUCGUUACUAUAAAAGAGACAUCAGCGCUGUACACUUCAUUGGCAAAGAGAAGCCAUGGUCGAGUAGCCGUACAAGUGGACCAGGUGUCUAUGGCGAGCUCUUGAGUCGGUGGUGGCAAGUGCAUGACAGGCAUUUGAGAAGAGACGCUUCAGGUACAACGCACCUCCAGAUCCAAUCAUCAGCUCCUGUUCCCAAUAUUGUUAUCGAGCCAGAGGCCUCAGUCACAACCACUGAGCCACCCAUGACCGACCCCGGUGAAGUGGUCGAGAAUAUUGACCAGGGUGUUUUAGAACCUGUCCCGACUACAGAGCUGCGCAAAUUCUCUGCGCCGGAUAUGGAGUGGGAUGCAACAAAAUUCGAGCCUCCUGCGCAAUCGAGGCCCGAAGCUGCCAAUUUCCCAACCGCCCAAUACACCUUCAGUGACAGCCGUCAGUUGUUCCAGGCACCCCAUGCCUACCCAGCACCACCAAGGGAUAUGUGGUAUCAAGUACCUGAACAUCGACCCAAGCCAGCAGAGGCGCCCAAGCCGAUUUUCCCUUGGGAGCAACAAGCUGAUAGGCCGAAGCCUACUCGUGUCUUUGCUGAAGAUAUCCAGCCCCAGCCAACCCGUGAACCUCCGUCACCGACUCACGCAUUUUCCACUGUGCAUUACGAUAACAGCGAGCUAGAAGCGUCUGCGGGCUCAAGUGACGGGGUCACAAGUCCUGAAGCUUUAGGAUCUCCAAAGUCUGCUGACCAGCAAUGGCAAUCUUUCCAGCAGAACAACGCCAAUGCCUGGGAUAACAUGCCAGGUAUCGAGAACUAUGUACGGGCGAUCAUGGGUUCGCAAGGUGGUAAGCGGACCAACACCCAGAUACUUCAACAAACGACUGGCACUGAGGAGCUACACUCACCGCUACUUGAACGUAAGAACCGACGCGAAAGCCUCAUCCUCACUGAUUUUCCCUCUGCCAUAGAGAGACCAAGCUUGCCCGUCACACCGGCGCCUAUCAGGCGGCCUACUUUCUGGGGCGAGGAACGAAACGAGACGGGCGAGCUACCUGCCGCCAAGGGCGUCCCGGAUCAAACCGAAUGGGUAUGUCCACAAUGCGGCUUCUCUUCCCCAUCCGACUCCUUUACUGCAUCUGCAAAGGACAAUAAGGUCUAA